AUGAAAGAAAACUGGAAUAUUGUAGGUGGAAUGAAAAGAGAUGACUUUCUUUAUAUUCUUCUUGUGCCUUCUGAAUGGAGUGUAUGCAAUGACCGAGGAAAAUGUUGGAGAAAGGGUACCUAUGAGUUCAUUCAGUGCUCUAGAAAAAUGGACAUUAUACUGCUUAAAGACGUGAAACUGUAUAACGGGACAGGAUAUGAAGUGUACUAUUUUGAUAAUGGUAAUAUACCCACAAUGAAUUAUUUUUUAGUGAUUUUUGUGAAGAUUUUAAUUUUUCUUAGGAUCAUAUUUUUCUCUAGUCAUUGGACUAAUGCGUGCUUUAUAAGGGGUACCACUGAAUGCUGUCCUUUGUAUCACAAAGUUGACAAUAGAUGUCAAGCAUGCCCUCCUGGGUAUUUUGGGCAUAUGUGUAAAAACAAAUGUCCAUUUCCUUCAUACGGAUUACUUUGUCGACACAAGUGCAAUUGUUCUGAAGUAAAUUGCAACCAUAUAUCUGGAUGCCCGAUUACAACAGUGUAUUUACAGCAACCACAGAGUACAACGAAGUUAAAUAAAGAAUUUUCAAUUCCUACAUCAGCAAAAAUGAACAGAAAUGAACACAGAUGGUGA